UCUCUCCUCACACUCCGUGCAGCGCGUCCUGAGGACCGGCAGCGGAAAGAGUUCAGCGGCAAAACGGUGACUGCGCGUCGUGGUGGAAACUAACCGGAGCACCGCUGCUGGAACUCCCAUACCGGACAUAGUGUUUGUUGCUUGGGUGAUUUUAAACCUUUUUACCCCCUUUUUUUUCUCCACCAACACCACUACCACCACCACCACAUCCCCAAAGAAGCGUGCCAUCAGCGGAGGAUGCUGUCGGUACAAACCCGGUGGUGACACAUCCACGGAGUGCAAAGUGACCCCAGUCCGGACGGGUGUUUUUCUGCCGGAUUGACGCACAGCUUUUUGGUCACGACAGAAAAAAAAACUGGACAGAAAUAAGAUAGUGAGAGAGGAAAUUGUGGAGGAAUAACCCACCCCAGCUGUCUGUCCGACUGGAUUGUUUGAUUGGUUUUAAGGUCUCUUCCCCCAGUGUUGUGGAUUGUUAAUUUUUAUUUUUUCACCUCCGUGUGGGUACCGAGGAGGAGCGGAGCCUGUAGCCGGGCUGGAGCGCUCAAAGCUGGGGAAGCGCGCUGCUCUCACCCGGUCCAGAUCGGUGCUGUCGGGUGGAGACAUGGCGGCGUUGAGGCGGGAAGUUCUGAUCUUCUUUUCGGUCGUCCUGCUGGUUUCCUGCGGCGCCUCGCCCACCGACAUCCUGUACCGAGUUCCUGAAGAGCAGCCGCCCAACACGCUGAUCGGCAGCCUGGCGUCGGACCGGGGUCUUCCCGACACCGGACACCUUUACAAACUGGAAGUGGGAUCGCCGUACCUACGAGUGGACGGAAAAUCCGGCGACAUCUACACCACCGAGAUCCCCAUCGACCGCGAGACGUUGAAGGACUGCCGCAACCUGUUCGAAGAAGACAAAUGCUUCCUGGAGUUCGAGGUGUCGAUCACAGAUAUGGUGAACGGUCUCGGAUCGGGACCACGGCUGAUCGAGGGGCGCAUCGAGGUUUUGGACAUCAACGAUAACACGCCGCAGUUCUCCUCGCCCAUCCUCACCCUCUCCAUCCCCGAAAACACACACAUCGGCGCCCUCUUCUCCAUCCCCAUGGCCAACGAUAGAGACUCUGGACACAACGGGGUGGCGGAGUAUACUCUGAGCACCGGACCGGACGCAGACCAGCUCUUCAGCCUUCAGGUGGCUUUGGAUUCGGAUGAGAAGUUACCACAGCUGGUGGUCAUGGGUAAUCUGGACCGCGAGAUGAAGGACUCGUACGACCUGAACAUCCGCGUGGUGGACGGAGGGGAACCGCCGAGGGCGAGCAGUGCCUUGUUGAGGGUGACCGUCACCGACCAGAACGACAACGCACCAAAGUUCGAGAGGAGUCACUACGAGGCGGAGCUUCAGGAGAACAGCCCCCAGGGACACUCUGUGCUGCAGGUCCGAGCAAACGAUGCAGACACCGGAACCAACGGAGAGAUUGACUACAGCCUCCAUCAGGCAUCUGAGGCAGUCCAGAGGCUUCUGCGGAUCGACCGGUCUACGGGCGUUAUCUACGUCAAGGGGCUGGUGGACCGCGAGGAGGAAAGCUUCCUCAAGUUCUUUGUGUUCGCCAAAGAUCGUGGGCCCAACUCCAAGAGCUCCAAAGUCCAAGUGAUCAUCAGCGUCAGGGACCAGAACGACAACUCCCCUGCCAUCGAGAUCCGUGGUAUCGGUUUGGUGACGCAUCACAAUGGGGUGGCCAACAUCUCUGAGGACAUGCACAUCGGCACACCUGUGGCGUUGGUCCAGGUGUCGGACCGUGACGAGGGGGAAAAUGCGGUGGUGACGUGCGUGGUUGCCGGUGAUGUCCCCUUUCAGCUUCGACCUGCAAGCGAGUCCUCCAACGAUCGGAAGAGGAAGUACUUCCUGCAAACAACUACCUUGCUGGAUUAUGAGAAUAUUAAGGAUUACAGGAUUGAAAUUGUCGCUGUGGAUUCUGGAAACCCUGCCCUGUCGAGCACCAACUCCCUCAAAGUACAGGUCACAGACAUUAAUGACAACACGCCAAUCUUUUCCCCUUCACGAGUUGAGGUGGACUUUGCAGAGGGCAACCAGCCAGGUGACAAGGUGCUGGUCAUCACGGCGGCAGAUGCAGACAGCGGCUCUAACGAAGAGCUGGUCUACAGCAUCAUCGACCUCCAUGCCACCAGGCUCUUUGAAAUUCAACCCAACUCUGGAGAGAUCCGUGUGAAGAACAUGCUGGACCGGGAAGAGACGGAGCAGUACGAGUUUCGAGUGGCGGCAGCUGACAAGGGCAUUCCUAGCAAAACUGGCACUGCUACCGUGGUGAUUAAUGUUCUGGACCGCAAUGACAAUGACCCAAAGUUUAUGCUCAGCGGCUACAGCUUCUCCGUCAUUGAGAACAUGCUGCCACUGAAUCCUGUCGGUGUUGUGACCGUCACUGAUGCAGAUAAGGGUGAGAACGCCCGGGUGAGGCUGUAUGUGGAACCGGACAAUGGUAAAUUUAUCAUCCAGAACGGCACAGGAACCAUCCUGUCCAGCAUAUCCUUCGACCGUGAGAAGGAGAGCACCUACUCCUUCCGGCUGAAGGCUGUAGAUGCUGGUGACCCAUCUCGAUCCUCCUAUGUUGGGGUGACAAUCAACGUCCUGGACGAGAAUGACAAUGCUCCCUACGUCACCAAACCAGCUAACUCCUCCUACAAGUACAUGUCACCCGUCACCCCGCUUGACACCCGUGUGGAGGUAGUAGAGGCUGAAGACAUUGACUCUGGACCCAAUGCUGAGCUAGUCUACACCAUCACAGGCGGCAACCCGUACCACCUGUUCGACAUCUCGCCCGACAGCGGAGAGAUCACACUGGUGGAGGAGUUCACCGGCAAACACAACGGGCUUCACCGCCUGGUGGUGAAAGUCAGCGAUAAAGGCAAACCUCCUCGCCACACCACCGCCUUAGUCCAUGUUUUUGUCAAUGACACCAAGUCCAAUGUGUCCCUCAUCGAGGCACUUGUUGGACACAGUCUCUACACCCCUCUGGACAGGGACAUUGCCGGAGAUCCCAACUACGCCCUCGCUCAGCGCAGCAACAUCCUGUACGGCAGCCUUGCGGGUAUUGCUGGUGUGAUUAUGGUCAUUGUCGCGGUNGUAGUAAUCAGACACCGACUGCAGAAGGACACUAAGAGUGGCUACCAGGCCGGCAAGAAGGAGAGCAAGGACCUUUACGCUCCCAAGCAAGGCCCCAAAAAUGGCAAAGGGAAGAAGAGCAAAAAGGGAAAAGCUCCCAAACCGGCGAAGCCAGUGGAGGAGGACGAGGAGGCCAGCCUGCAGAAAGGCCUCAAGUUCAACCUCAUCAACGAAAAUGUAAACGAUAGUCCCAGAAUCCACUUGCCCCUUAACUACCCACCGGGAAGCCCCGAUCUGGGACGUCACUACCGCUCUAACUCCCCUCUACCCUCCAUCAUGCUGCAGCCCCAGUCGCCCUCCGCCUCCAAGAAGCACCAGGCUGUCCAGGACCUCCCCGCCACCAACACCUUCGUGGGAACGGGCGACAACACCUCAACAGGCUCCGACCAAUAUUCGGAUUACAGCUACAAGGCCAACCCCCCCAAAUACAGCAGCAAACAGGUAGGAGACUACGCAAACACGUACCAAAGGGACAUCUAUUGGACCAACCGGGUGUGGUAGUCACGCUGGGACUUAUUUUGCAAAGCCGAUAUUCUUCCACCAAAGCUGCACUGAUUCCCCUGCACAGCACCCACUUCCAAACGGCUGUUUUCUCUUUUAUUUUUUGGUUUGGUUUGGAUGUGUUCACCAUUUUCUGUUCUGUUCCUUUGUUUUUUGGACAUCACACUAUUCACACCAUGAAAUAUUGCAUAAGGGAUAGACCAAAUAUGGGUAUACCAAUAUUGAUCUGCUGUUAUGUGGAGACCAUAAUCCCCCAAAGUGAACUCUGAUGAUCCAGAACAUGCUUGAGGGUUAAUGAUAUACUGUAUGUUUGUGUUGAUUUAUUUUGCUGUGGUUGAUUUUUCUACAAUUACACGUUAUUGAAUUAUAAGUUCCUGAAAUGUUACAAGCAUUACAAGUCUUACAAAGCCAGCAAAACUAAAUAAAUAUAAAACAAGGGCAUACUUUUGAUAUAUGAAGAUGUCAGUUAUGGUUCAUUUUGUAUAUCCUAUAUGGGUCUAUCCUUAACUUCUAUGUGUUUUCCUUUUGUUUCAUUUGUGUUCAGUUUCACCUUUUUUCACUAUGGGUUAAAUGAAGGAUGUUAUGAGUUAUUAUUCACAAGUGUUUUGACUGCGACCAUUGAGACGUUCACUCUGACAUACUCAUUAAGUCUGAAUGUGUUUUUUUUUCUUUCUGGAGGGCUGAUCCUGGGUUUUAAAGCUGCUCUUUAUGGCCGGAUCAGCUUGUUGGAGUGUGACAAAGAAGAGUGACUGUGAAUUCCUGAGUUUUUAUUUUCUUUGGUGGUACCCAUUGCCAUUGUUUCUUGGCUUUUCUUUGGCCAGGAAGUACACUAGCUUAUAGGAGCACUUUAGAGUGUUUCCAUCCAGUUCAGACCAAUUUAAGUAAUUUCAGCUCGGCCAGGGAGCCAGGCAGUGAAGACAAGAAGAAAGGGAAUAAAAGAGGAAGGAGGGAGAGUUGUUAAAAAAGCCAAUACAGUAUGAAGGAAAAGGUACACUAAAUACAACCAUUUCCUAACCUCCGCACCUCCUGUCAGGUCAGCUGAAAUGCGAAUUUUAAUUUUGCCGUGUUCCCAAUCAGUGGGGUUUAAAAAGUCAAUUGUUUGCACAGAUUAAUGGCAGGUAAUUUUCCAGGCGCCCGCUUCCGCCUUCUUUUACCCAGAGUGCCUUGCUCUAUUCUAUUUAUUG